AUGUAUCUGAAAUGGUUUGAUACAGUAAUGUUAUACUAUGUGAUUUUAGUGAUUUUAGUGAAUGUCACUUUUUGUCAUUUUCAAAUUUCCCGCCGUUCUGUCCCCCGUAUGUCCCGACGUCGCAGGGGACGGAACCCAGAAGAUGGAUGCCGGCAUCCGUCGGAGGACAUUACAGGGGACACUGCAGGAGGGACAUCGCGGGAGCGCAGGACAAGGUAAGAGAAGAACAGAUCCUUGAGCACUGCAGCAAGGUAUUCCCACGAGUAGCUCGGGUUACCGCUUGUGAUACACUCGGGAAUACCGCCAGGGAGGUUACACAA